AGUCCCUCGCGUUCUCCCGACUAUAUUGGGUUCGGAUUCUUUAUUACUGCUUUCUAAGGAUCAACAUUUUCGUUCCCCAAAAAGUUACCAAAGUCCUUAUAUUUGCUUCUAAACAAUGACUGAAUCAGAUGAAGACGAUGGUGAUACAGCUACAAGUUCAAAGGAAAAAGUUAAUGGAUCGCCCUUUGAAGAAGAAAGUGUUCUUUCUUCGAGAACAAAAGUCCUGACAGUUUCGUUGUUGGUUGCACUACUGUCUAUCUCUUGUUACGUUUUCUUUAUAGAGCACCCCAUCUUAGAGGGAACAGGAGAUAAGAUCGAGGAAGAGAUAAUGGGGCUGUUUGUCAGCUACGAUACGAAUGCAGAUGGAAGGCUAGAUCCGUACGAAUUUGUACCUGUGGCACAUCGAAUACUUGGCCAAAAAGAGUCCAGAUCAGAAAAACAAGCUGUUGUCCAUCAGAACUGGGAUGAUAGUGGUGAACACCUUACCAUGAAGGCUCUAUUUAAGCCACUAGAACUCUCAACAAUGACAAAAACAAGUGACAGCUACUUUUUAUCUGAUUCUGCAUUGACUGGACUGAAGUCCUGGAAAGUUGUCUCCAUCCCUUCCAUGACACUUCCAGUGAAUGCUUUUGCUGCAUUUCUGCCCCCAUCGCAUGCGUCUACUGGCAUGCUUGGCACCCCUUGGUUUAUUGUGGAGCCACAGAUCGCUAAAUUUAGUCCACAGCUAUCCAGUAACCGCUACAAUCCGCCAGAUGUUAGUGGCAACAAUGCCGUCAUCCAUCAACUUCUUGCCAUGUUUCACCCUCGCCCAUUCAUCUUCACCCGGUUUGGUCCCCAGGGAACAGCAGCUUGCAUAGAGGCUCAAAAUAAUGAAUAUCUAGCAAUCCAGUUCAGAAUACAUGCUGAGUUUCAGCUCAACGAACCCCCAUUGCAUCCAUUCUGGUUCAGCCCAGCUCAGUUUGCAGGGCGUCUUGUCAUUAGUCGGGAUGGCAAACACAUAGCGUCAUUCCACAUGGGUGUGCCCACAAACAAGAGCCUGAAUGUUGAUAUGGAAUGGCUUUUAGGAAAGCCACAAGUCACAACAAAGCAAGAAAAUGAUGCAAGUGAAACGACUUCAAGUAAUAUGGAAGUAGACAUUGGGUUUCUUCCACAAAUGGAGAUUGUUGACCAAGGAGAGUCUUGCUCGGUGACAGCAGGGGGUUGUGAUUCUGGAACAUCUGGGAAACACUCGGAUAACAUCGAAUGGAAUGAUCAGAUUCCUAACUGGGCUGCCGAGAAGAAAUUAGAACAGCAUUUUUAUCCCUUCAAAAAGGUCGACUAUUUACCUUUCAAAGAGGCGUUCAACCGGGCCAAGGCCGAGAAGAAGUUAGUUCACCACAUCGUUUUGUGGGGAGCUUUGGAUGACCAGUCAUGCUGAGGUUCAGGGCGGACUCUCCGGGAGGGGCCACUGGAGAGCCGCCCUGUGCUACAGCUGCUGCAGGACAACUAUGUAAACUGCUGGUCACUGGUGGAGGAGCUCAAGAAAAUCUCCAAAGACGGAAGUGAUCAGGAAAUGGCCAACAUCGCACAAAUUAGCCUAGAUAACUACAGGUUUCCUGUGGAAUCCAUGGUCAUGCAUGCGAACGGGAGCCUAGUGGCGAGAAUGAAUGCAAAUGAGAUGAUGGAGGUCCCGGAGCACGACAGCUUGCCAAAGAAAAUAGUGGAGACCACCUUCCACCAAGGAUUCGAGGAUGACAUUAGCUACACAUACUUCAACUUUCUAAAAAACAGCCUGCGCACGGAAUAGUCUACACAGCUCGCGAGCCAAGACCUAUGAUGUCACCUCUAUAAAAUACUGAGUGUAUAAAGGAGUGGCGGAUGAACGCUGGCUCGAUCUCCCCUGGGAUACCUGUGUGCUUUUGUAGUCGUUUCUAGUGGUAGUAGUUUAUUUAUAGUAGUGUAGAAAUGUAUAAAAGACAAAAUUAAAAAUAAUACUUUAUUAAAACAAUUUUAAAAUAAAAA